GCCUUCACCUUCGAGCGGUGCUGUCCGACUGCAGAGCCACCGAGCAAGGUGGGGUCCUGCUGGUCUGGCGGGUUCGGCCCGGACCUCUGCUGUCAGGGCGAUGGGAAAGCCACCGACUGCUGGGAUGAAGUUUACACUUUCGAGAGGUGCUGCCCUGGGGUGCAGGCCCAGAGCUCCCUGGCCUGGUGGCUCCUCCCUUGCCAGCCGCAGUGCCUGGCUGAGUGGAGCUUCCAGGAGGUGGGACUCCUUGCCACUGCUCUGCUGCUGCCCUGUGCGCUCUAUCUGCUCAGCCAUUGCCGUGCUGGGAGGAUUGGGACUUGGGUCGCCUCUGGGGGAGUUUCUCUUCCGCAGCGCAGUUGGGCGCCCGACUUCUUUCGCCUGCUUUGUCUCGGUUCCCAGAUGUCCAUCCACUUCUUGCAGCGCGGACGGAAGGACACAGUGCACCCGAAAUAUGUGGAGCUGGCUUUGCGGCAUUUGCCCUCUGCUCCCGACGCCUGGUCUCUUUGGGCCCUCCUAUGGCUGCAACGAUCCAUUCACCUCUGCGCCAGCUCUGGCUGGUUUGUGCUCUCGGCCUACCUCCUCAGCCAACAGGAUGUCGGAGGAGCAGGCAUCGCCAAGCUUUGGUUGCGCAAGGCUUUGCGCCAGGCGCCUGCUGCGAUUCUCACCGGAUUGAUUCACGCCCAGGCGGUCCCUCAGCUGUUGGAGUCCGCUGCCGGCUGGGCCAGAGCUCCAAAUGCUGCUAUCCGACAUGAAAUGGCUUGCUGGUUGCUGGUCUCGCUGGGACUGGCGCUGGGAAGCAAGGGGCUGAGGUUCGCGUAUGGACUGGGGCUCAUUCUUCUUGUGCUGCACUUCGGCAUCCAGUCUUGCAGAGUCCAUAAUCUGGUGAUCCUCACCCGCAAGAUGACAGAUCAGACCUCUGCACAAGCACUGGUGGGUGAGCUUUUGCCGCUUUACCUCCUGGCGUUCGCCUUGUCAAAUCUGCGGCCUUGGCGACCACUGCCACCCAUCCUCGGUCUUCUCUUUGGGGUGCUGGGCAGUGGUUGGCUGUCGACACUGUUGGUGAGCAAUGUGGGCGGAGAUUCGCCUCCCUACAUGGACCCUCGGCUCUAUGUUUGGGUGGAUCUGCCUUUCUUGUUGGGAACCGUCUACUUCUUGAAAUCUUCGGAGACCGAGAGCAGGUGCUCGGGACAUCUCAUGGGGGUGAUGGCGUCUUCCAGCCUUAUGGCGCAGAUGAUUUCUCAUCGGAUUUUGCUGGAAUGGGUGGCAGCUCUUAGAGGUGGCGAGAAGACGUCUAUGGUGGAUGCCCUCUUGUCACUCCCAGGAUUCGGCCUCCUCUCCAUAUUGCUGGCUUACGUGAUGACGGUCCUCAUCGGCAUUCCGGGGACAUGGCUUCUAGGCAAGUUGGUAACGCCUUGGUUCUCUCCUGCUGCGAAUUUCUUCUUCGCUGCCUACGUGCUGUUCUUUGCCGCUUACGUGGUCUUCGAAGAGGAGGUCUUCAGCAUUGCGAGACAGGGAAUGGCCUUUCAUGGCGCGUGCCCCGUGGCGGUUUUCGUGAAGGAGCCGCGUCUCCUUCUGAGCAGGGCCUAUUACGGCUUAGGGUUUAGGGUGUAG